AUCAACGGUUAGUCUAUGAAUAAACCUAACAGCAUUCUCUUGCUAAAAAAAAUAAAAUAAAAGAAACCGAAGAAAAAUAAAAGAAUUUAGAAUCUCAUUUCGAUUCUCUUGUUUUGAUAUUUUCAUCUACCAUGGCUUCUACUAAUGGCGCUUCUACGCGAGUUGGGGAUCCUGAGAACAGCUUAGAGAAGAUCAAACGACAACUGGCUUCUGGGUCUGGUCGUCACUUGUUGCAGGGCCCACUUCUCAAACGAUCCGAAACCUUGAGGAAAUGGAAUGAGAGGUGGGUGAUUCUGGACCCAACUACCGGGAGAAUGGAGUACAAGACUAGGAGAAAUGAGCCGACCGUUAAGGGAAUAAUUACAUUUGAUGAAAACAGCACAAUCACUGUGUCUCCUGUGAACUUUCAUGGACUUCCCAAGUACGAUGGAUGUUGUUUCUAUAUUGGGACUCCACAGAAAAAAGAUUACUUCCUUUGUUCUGAAACUCCUGGUGCGGCUAGGGCCUGGGUUGCAACAUUACAUGCGGCACAGUUGGUCCUGAAAGCCCAUAAAGAGGCUGUUAACUCCUUAAGUGGGAAUGGCUCUGCAAAGUUAGGAACAGUUGCAACAGUUGUUGCUGCUGCAAAUUCAACAGCAACGGAAUGUACUAAAGAAAUUGAAGCUGCAAUGCAGAUCUCCUUGAGAAAUGCUCUUGGAAUGGUGACAAAUAGAAUUACUGAUGGUCCGAUGGAUGAUCUCACCAUUAUGAAGGAGACACUACGAGUCAAGGAUGAGGAACUACAAAAUUUAGCUAGGGACCUUCGUGCUCGUGAUUCAACAAUAAGAGAUAUAGCUGAUAAAUUAUCUGAGACUGCUGAAGCUGCUGAGGCUGCUGCAUCUGCGGCUCAUACAAUGGAUGAACAAAGGAAAAUUGCUUGUGCUGAAAUGGAGCGCAUAACAAAAGAUUCUUCGAAGCAAUUGGAGAUAUCCAUGUUGAAGCUGAAAGAGUAUGAAGAAAAAGUCAUGGCCCUAAGUAAAGAAAGGGAUCAAUUGAUUAAGCAGAGAGAUUCUGCUUUUAAAGAAGCACAUCUAUGGCGUUCUGAGCUCGCGAAAGCUAGGGAACGUGUUGUGAUUUUGGAAGCAGCUGUUGUGAGAGGAGAGGAGAAGGUCAGGGUUGCUGAAGCAGAUGCUGAUGCUCGGAUAAAGGAGGCUGCUCAGAAGGAGGCAGCUGCUUUAAAAGGCAAGGAAGAGCUUCUAGCAUACGUGAGUAUGCUACAGGCACAACUUCAAAGACAGCAGAUUGACACCAAACAAGUUUUUGAGGAGAAAACUGAGUCUUCAAAUAUUGGCAACUCCGAACCAAUGACAAAGAAUGUAGAUUUGUCGGAUGAGAAUGUGGAUAAAGCUUGUCUAAGUGUGUCUAGAGCAGUACCAGUUCCAGCAGAGAGUGUUGUUCACAUGGAAGUUGAUCAGGUCAACAUCCAGCCUAUUGGUGAUGGAGAAUGGAGUGACAUUCAGGCAACAGAGGCUAGGAUAGCUGAUGUUAGAGAAGUUGCCCCAGAGACAGAAGGAAGCAGUGUAGAUAUUCCGGUUGUUAGCUUACCUGUUAAUAAUCACCAUGAGCAAGGAGAAAAUUCUUUUCAUUAGCCUUGAUUUUCAAAUUGACUACAUAUACAGUGUUAAACAGUCUUUUACAUUAAACCAAAAAAACGCUUGACAGAAGAGAUGUAAACUUGUUUGAAUCUUUUUUUUUUUUUUUUUUUUUUUGGGUUUACAUACUGAAGCUAUAGAGAGGCUGUAUGAUGUGAAUUUUAUGGUUGUAAAAUUAGGGAAGGACAUCAGAAUUAUUUCUGGAGAGGUAAUUUAAUUCAGUAAUCAUGUCUUGUGUUAGUAAAUUUAAUAAAUGUACCAUAAUUUGAUUUA